CCAUCAUUUGUAAACAAACGUUCACCACAAACGUAAUGAGUAAGCAUUUUAAUGAAAUUUGAUGCCUUUGUGACUGAAGGGAAGCUUGAAUGUGUAUGUAGUGAAUGAACUCUGGUUGAAAGGUUGUCUGUGCAGGUUUACAUCAUUUAUACGCACAAUGUCUAGAGGUGGUCCAAGGUUUCAACUUCUUGUUAUAGCAGGGCAAGACGGGAAGUGUGUAGGUGACUGUCCGUUUUCUCAACGCGCCAACAUGUUCUCAAAACUGGUUCUUAAUCCCGAGGACAUAGAUGUCACCCCAGUCAGUACUGUGGACAAGCCAGGAUGGUUUCUAAAACUCUAUCCCGAUGGAAAGGUGCCUGUCUUAAUCGACAGAACGGAACGGAAUAAGAUUGUACCAGAUUCAGAAGAAAUUGUGAAAUAUUUAUCAACGCUCUUUUCUAAGCCAGAAUUAGUUCCGAGCGGUUUUGAAGGUAUUCCAACGGCUUUUUUCCCGAAAUUCGCAGCUCUGAUGAAAAAUAAGGAUAAGGACAAAGAUCACCAGCUACGAGUGGAACUGACAGCAGAAUUAGGAAAGCUGAAUUCGUACAUUGAAUCGAGGAACUCGUCAACUGAAUAUCUCAUGUGUGACAAGCUGACGGAGGCAGAUUGCCAGGUGCUCCCGAAACUGCGACAUGUGCAGGUAGCCGGGCGACACUACAAGAACUAUGAAAUUCCAGGAGAAUUUUCUGCUCUUAAUGCGUAUAUCAAAUGCGGGGAAGAAAGUUUAGUGUUCCGACAAACAUGUCCGGCUGACGAAGAGUUUAUCUGGGGAUGGAGUAAAUUUUUCUUGUAAUGAUGACACUGUUAAUUUGCAGUUGCAUUUAAGAAACAGAAACUGUGUUCUUAAAACAUUUAUUAAAUGUAAUAUUUUAUCUGUCUAUGGACAGACGUCUCUGAUUUAUGUAAACCAUGCAGUGUUUUAUACGAUUUUCACCAACAUAACGUUCUACAUUAACGGUGUUUCAAUACAUUUAUACUUUGAAUAAACAAAAAAUCUCAUGUAUAAUUUUAAGAAAUAAAUUGCCGAGGCUUUGAUAAA